AAUUUGUUAAAGUUAGAAGGAAGGAUUUGGAAAGGCUGACAACGGAGGUGAUGCAAUUGCGGGAUUUCUUACCCAAAAUAAUAAAUGGGGAUAUCCUGGGGACAUUCCAGAAACUGGAUGCUAUUGAAUCAAACAUGGAGAAAAAGGAGGAGGAAAUAGAGCAGCUGAAAAUGGAUUGUGAACACUUCAGAGCCCGUCUGGAAACAGCCCAGGCAGAUUGCAUGAGAGAGAAGAAGGAGAAACUAGACCUCCGCCAGCAGCUGAACGAGGCCAAGCAGCAGCUCCUGCAGCAAGCAGAGUACUGCACAGAAAUGGGCGCAGCGGUGUGCACGCUGUUGUGGGGUGUAUCUAGCAAUGAGGAAGCUGUUAAAACCCUUCUAGGAGGAAGUAAAGCAGUAAAGUUUUUCACAAUCACUGCACAGACCAUGGAGAGCUUUGUGAAGUCAUUAAGUGAAGACAUGAAACAGCAGGAUUUGGAUUCUGAUGAAAACCAGUUUGUAUUAGCUUUGGCAGGGAUUGUAACAAAUGUGGCUGCUCUGGCAUGUGGCCGUGAGUUCCUGGUUAGUUCAAGCCGUGAACUACUGGACACAAUGAUGCACCUCCUGGGAGACAUGAAGCCAGGAUUCUGCACCAAAUUUAAAGUGCUAAUGCUAAUGUCACUUUACAACGUGAGUAUCAACUUGAAAGGCUUGAAGUACAUCAGUGAAAAUCCAGGAUUUUUUCCGUUGCUUUGGUGGCUAUUGAACGGUUGCUCUCCUUGGAUACAUGAAAGUGUGGAAUUCAGAGAGACUAUGUUACUGAUAUUUCUUAUCUAUAGCUGGGAAAUUGCUCCAGACCCGGAUACAGAAGUUUGUCUUCAUGCUCUGCGGCUGCUCCAGUCUGUGAUCCUGGAGCCAGAAGUAUUAUCCAAGUCAGCCUCUGAGAUGCGUGAUACUUUGCCAUUCCAGCGUAUCAUUGCACUGUCAAAGAGCCGCAAUGCAGAUCUGCAAGCACUUGCAAAAGAACUACUUGAAGAUCUUAAAAUACUUGAGUAUGAAGCGUAGAAGAGCUCUAUGACACCAACUGCUUAUGUCCUUCCUAUAUUUUUAUGCUGCAAGAGUUGUUGGAGAUAGGCUUGUCUGAAAAAACCUCUGCUUAAGUUCCUUUGACAAAAUCCUUUCCACAAACUAGGUAACCCAACUAAAAUAAUUUUUGGGAAAGCAUGUUGGGUUUUAGCUGCCCAAAUAUAAUCUUAGGUGAACUGGUAGAGAUGAGGCAGACUUAAUUUCUUUCCGUAGGAUUUUGUUGAUAAUGGCUUUCCACAAUGAUCCAGGUUAUGUUGUCUAUUUAUCAUAUAUAGGGAGUAAAGUUGUCAUCUCAUUAUUCAUUGAUAAUAUAUAGGUUAUUGCAGUACUAUGAGGAAAGCUUUGUUGCUUUUCGUAACUCUUCUGUGUCAGAAUGCAUCCAAAGUUCCAGUUUUAUUGCUGUUGUUUCUCACCUCUCUUUUUCUAUUCUAAUAAAAGAAAACUUGAAUUCUGCA